AUGGACCCGCAAUAUGGGGACCUUCCAGGAGAGCAAGACCACAUGUACUCGCAACCAAGAUACCCCUACGCCUCGGCGCAGAGAGAUAUCAUGCCGUCGUGGGAGAAUGAUACAGACUUGUCCUCCAUCCACCCAGCGCUGCGGCCCAACCAACCUCACGAUGAGUUUGAGAGGGGCCUCCUAUACCACUCCUCCUCUCAGGAUCAUCGGUAUUUUAGGAGCUACGAUCCUGUGGCCCAAGGAUUUGCUCGUCCGAUCUUUCGACAAGAGAUGACAGAGAGCGCCCUUAAUCCCCAUGCAGUCGGCAAUCUGUGGCCCAACAGCCUUGAACCAGGGCAAAACAUACGUUAUCGAUCACCCGCCGACUCCAGUGGCAUUUCCCUUACCAGCGACCCAUCUGCUGGCAGCGACUAUGCCUUGAGUCCAGGUAUUGGUGGGGAACGUCAUGAUUUCUCUGUGGCUCACAAUCCGAGCGAGUGGGCUAGCCCAGCGUUUGAUCAGCUGUCUAUCUCCGACGCAACUCAUGACUGGAGUGGAGAGGCUUCCUACAUGUCGUCGCUUCCAUCCACCCCUGCCGCCUCUCAUCAUCGGGCUCUAAGCAUGAGGGACCUACAAGUCACACCAGAUGCAGAGGGCGAAGACGAACCCAUGGAUGACCGGGACACCGACGCGUUGGUCCCACGAAUCCUCCUCCCAGAGGAACUCGAGCUGUCAGAACGGAUGCCCAGUCCGACAGAUUCUGGCCUGGGACAAUCUAUCCUCGAGGUUGAAGACAGGGUCGUGGAUGAGGGGGAAUACCGGACACACCGAGGGGACGGUGAUUCUGACUUUACCCCUGCCAGACAACCAAGACUACCAAGACUACCAAGGCUUCGCAGCGUGACUGAUCGACGACGGUCCUUGCGUUCACCGGCGCAGCAACGACAGAAUGCGAGACCAGCAGCAAUGUUCGACCCCCAAGCUAGGAUACACAAGAGACGACAAAUUCGACGUGCCACUGCCACCAACGACAUUGACGUUCCCCGGUCCAAGCACAAAAGACUUUCUUUUCGGCCGGGGCAAAAGGGUCCCAAAUUGUUCUUGUGUACCUUCCACCACUACGGUUGUCACCAAACCUUUGCCAACAAGAACGAGUGGAAACGCCACGUUUAUUUCCAACAUCUUCAACUCGGAUACUUCCGCUGUGACAUGGGGACGUGCUCACCCGAAAUUGCAGGCAAGUUCUUUCGGGGCCACAAUGACUUCAAGCGCAAAGAUCUGUUUACGCAACACUGUCGGCGGAUGCAUGCGCCGUGGGUAGUUGCGGGAAGGGGUGAAGAGGCGGCGAGCAAGAAAGAAAAGGACAACUUUGAGAAAGAGUUGGAGGAGAUUCGCUCUCGUUGCUGGGUCGAUCGUCGAGGACCGCCCAACCGGAGUGCAUGUGGGUUCUGUGGCGAGACUUUUGUCGAUGCCGAUGACGAGGGUGAGGCAGGCCAAGGCCGCUCCUGGGAGGAGCGAAUGCAUCAUGUUGGCCGACAUUUGGAAAAGCAAGAGGUCAAUGUGCUCGAGGAAGACGUCGACCAAGGAUUGAGAGAGUGGGCUAUCACAGAGAAUAUUAUCCGUCGAGGCAGGAAUGGUGAAUACCUGCUGGUGAUUGAUGAAGCUGCGGUGGCUGGUCCGUCGACAGUAGGUGGCCGUGGUCGAAGAAGUAGGAGGUUGAGGGGAAGAAGAAGUCGGGCAACGGUUCGGGAGGUGGAGGAUGAUGUUGAUGAUGAUGAUACUAGCAGUGAUACCGACGCUGAAGGCCAAGACGAAUGA